AUGAAGCAAAUUUGCACCGUUUGUUAUUCAUAUCAUAAAUCGCCGCGUAGUAGAGAAGAAGUUGGGAAGAUGAGCGGAGCUGUGCUAGUGGCUGUUGCCGCCGCCGUUGGUAACUUGCUUCAGGGAUGGGAUAACGCCACUAUCGCCGGGGCUGUGUUGUACAUAAAGAAAGAGUUCAAAUUGGAAAGCGAACCAACAAUCGAAGGUCUAAUCGUGGCCACAUCCUUGAUCGGAGCCACCUUGGUGACAACUUUCUCCGGUUCAGUAGCAGAUUCAUAUGGCCGACGACCGAUGCUCAUCAUCUCUUCUAUCCUAUACUUCGUUAGCGGUUUAGUCAUGCUUUGGUCACCCAACGUUUACAUCCUUCUAUUAGCUAGACUACUAGAUGGUUUGGGGAUCGGAUUGGCUGUCACUCUUGUCCCUGUUUAUAUCUCCGAAACAGCUCCGCCGGAAAUCAGAGGCUCACUCAAUACUCUGCCGCAGUUUACAGGUUCCGGCGGGAUGUUCCUUUCUUACUGUAUGGUGUUCGGAAUGUCAUUAAUGGAAUCACCCAACUGGCGAUUGAUGCUCGGCGUUCUUUCAAUCCCUUCUCUAGUUUACUUCGUCCUCACCAUCUUUUUCUUGCCGGAAUCUCCCCGGUGGCUCGUGAGCAAAGGUCGAAUGCAGGAAGCGAAGCAGGUUUUACAGAGGCUACGUGGCAAAGAAGACGUCUCAGGUGAGAUGGCGUUACUAGUGGAAGGUCUUGGAGUCGGCGGUGAAACCUCCAUCGAAGAAUACAUAAUCGGACCUGCAAAUGAUCUUGAACACGAACAAGACGAAGCUGCUAAAAUCAAAUUAUAUGGUCACGACGCUGGGGUUUCAUGGAUCGCUCGACCUGUUACAGGUCAAAGUAUGCUCGGAAUUGCAUCUCGUCAAGGAAGCACUAUAAACCCUAGUGGUGUCCCACUUAUGGACCCACUUGUCACCCUCUUUGGAAGUGUCCAUGAAAAGCUUCCAGAUGCGCAUGGUAGCAAAGGGAGCAUGUUGUUCCCACAUUUCGGGAGCAUGUUUAGUGUCACUGGAAACCAACCUAAACAUGAAGAUUGGGAUGAAGAAAGUGUCGGUAGAGAUGGUGGUGAUGAUUCCGGUUCCGAUGUCGGAGGCGGGAAUAACGAUUCCGAUGAUAAUCUCCACUCCCCGUUGAUUUCCCGACAAACUACAAGUUUAGAAAAGGACAUGAUUCAACCGGCUUCACAUGGAAGCAUUCUAAGUGUUAGAAACAGUAGUGUCAUCGGAAACACCACCGGAGAAUUGAGCAGUACCGGAAUUGGCGGCGGGUGGCAGCUGGCGUGGCAGUGGACGGAAAGAGAAGGGCAAGAUGGUAAAAAGGAAGGCGGGUUUAAGAGGAUUUAUUUGCAUCAAGAAGGCGGGACCGGGAUCGGAGGGUCGCAACGUGGGUCGUUGAUUUCGGUUGCUGGCGGUGAUAUGGCGGCGGAUGCUGGUGAUGUUUUUCAGGCGGCGGCUUUGGUUAGUCAACCCGCUCUUUAUUCUAAGGAUCUUGUGGACCAGCACCAGGUGGGACCCGCUAUGGUGCACCCAUCUGAAGCGGCUAUGAAAGGAACGAGUUGGAAGGAUCUUUUUGAGCCCGGGGUUAAACAUGCUUUGUUUGUUGGUGUUGGGCUUCAGAUACUUCAACAGUUUUCGGGCAUCAAUGGAGUUCUUUACUACACGCCUCAGAUUCUUGAGGAAGCCGGUGUUGGUGUUCUUUUAUCAAAUUUGGGAAUUAGUUCGACUUCAUCGUCUCUUCUUAUUAGUUGCAUUACAACUUUGUUGAUGCUUCCUUGUAUUGCUGUGGCAAUGAGGCUCAUGGAUAUUUCUGGAAGAAGGACUCUUUUAUUGACUACAAUCCCGGUGUUAAUCUUAACCCUCGUAAUCUUGGUGGUGGGAAGUGUAAUCGACUUUGGAAGUGUAGUAAACGCCGCCAUUUCAACCGCUAGUGUGGUGGUGUACUUUUGUACUUUCGUGAUGGGCUUUGGCCCAAUUCCCAACAUCUUAUGUGCGGAAAUAUUCCCAACAAGAGUCCGUGGACUUUGCAUUGCCAUUUGUGCCCUUACAUUUUGGAUAUGUGACAUCAUCGUGACAUACUCACUCCCGGUUCUUCUCACUUCCAUUGGUCUCUCGGGUGUUUUUGGAUUGUACGCGAUUGUGUGUGUGAUCGCGUGGGUGUUUGUGUUCUUGAAGGUUCCGGAAACAAAAGGAAUGCCACUUGAAGUUAUUACCGAGUUCUUUGCGGUUGGUGCAAAACAGGUUGCGGCUGCAAAGGGUAACUGAUUUCGGUGACGGUUUUGGUGCGCGCGCGUGUGUUUUGGUUUGGUUUAAAUUUUGUUGUGAUUGAAAUGGAA